AUGCUUUAUUCCAACGAAUUAUCGCUGAGUGGGUCGGCCCCAGCGCCUAAUCCGCCCAAAAUAUCCUUACUUGAGCUUCCGUUUUUGACUCAACAGAAGAUUGUGGAUCAUAUUGUACGAGUUGAUCCGGAGCUUGAGAUUUCGGGCUCUAUGAUAGCACGCAGGCAAGCCGAAUUAGCUUGGAGCAAUAUCAGUGCUCUAUUUGCAGUCUCCAGAGCCUUCCGCGAUUUAGCGUUCGACCGUUUGUAUUAUAAGAACAAUAUCGCUGUGCUUUUAUUUAUCGCACCUUUAAGCAUCGCAAUGGCUGCCUUAUCAUUGUUCCUUCGCGCACAUGAGCGACAGUUGAGACUGAAAGUGAAAAGUUCUCUCGUGUACAUGGCCAGCUUCAGGAUCACUGCUAACAGACUGCUGGGCAUCGCCGUACUACGUGGUUUUGAUUGGGCAGUGCUCCUCCUUCUCCAAUCAGGAGCUAGCCCAGCAGCUCGCAUGGACGGUACAUCCGUUUUAUUUACUGCCGUAUCGCUGGAACGUCAUGGUAUCAUUGAUAUCCUACUUGAAUAUGGGGCCGAGCCGGAUGAGAAGGAUGAGCAUUCAUCCCUGGGACUAGCUGCUUCCAAGUUCGACUUCGCGACCAUGGAUAAGCUCCUCAAACAUCGCGCAUCGACGAACAUAUACCAGGAGAUAGGUGGUAUCAUGUAUCACAUUAUCGAAUGGGCCGCGCACAUAUCUGACUACCGCAUGCUGCGGUUGCUCUUGAAAUAUGGCGCUCUUCACUCUUUUGUUACAUAUCAAGUAGGCAUGGAUCCCUUAAUCGUCUCCAUUAUAAACGACUCGUUGCAAAUCGUCGCGCUACUUCUGGGAUAUGGCUAUUGGAUCGAGGAUCUUGACAAGAGGCUUCAUGCUCUGGGUUUUUUCCCAUCUUUGGAAAUGCGGAAUUUAUUGGCUAGCUCUGGUAUACUGUCACAGGGUUUUGCGCUCGUUUGA